AUGCACACUGUCGACUUGAGGCACCCCGGUUACGAAGACUCAAGCAAUAUCAUUCUCACAUUACAGGCACCAGAUGAUCCGAAUGGUGGUAUACACGCCGAGACCUUAAGGUUAGCUGGGUGCAUCUUAGCUGGAAACAGAUGGGAUGGCUUUUUGAGUUCGACCCAGAGGGACGCGAAGCCUGUUGUGCCUGACAAAGAUGGUAUUCUCCGAGGAAAGAAUUACUACUUCCAUGUGCCACGGGGAACGAAUGAGGCUGGAGACAAUAUUAUCGAUCGCAGGAAGCGCUCGGACAGCGGAGGACCAUGGCCAAUCGUAGCAAGGUUUGCUGACUGGGAGUGGCCAAAAGAUGGUUUGCCGGAGAUCUGGAAGUUGGCAGAAGAGGGUACUGCUCGCCAAGCUGAGCGGGUUAAGUCUGGACUGGAGUCCAGUCUAGUGGAUUCCAAUAGAGCUUGCAGGUUAUGCGGACGCGACGAAGAAUGUGGAAUGAGUCGCCUGUGGAGAAGUGACACGGACGCUGAUCAGGUGGUGUUCGAAAGGGAGAAGUCGAAGACCAAUAUAGCUGAGGAGUUGAGAGGUGACUAUGGCGAUGACGACGAUGAAGAGCAAGAUCAAGGAACCAGAUCCGAAACUGAGAGCAACGAUGGAGACGAUCAAAAUGACGAGGAUGGCCUGACCGAGGAUAUGGCCGCUGACCAGACCUCCUCGCCAGAAGGAGAAGAGGAGAAAAGCGAAAAUGACAGCGAAUCUGGAUCCAGCGACACAAAUGAAAGUGAUUCGGAAUCUAGUGAGGAUGGAUCCGAAACUGAUGACGAUCCUCUAUACGACAAUCGGAACUGGAUUCGCCUCGGCAGAGACUGCAGUGCUGAACCGGACGAUUGCGAUGUAAAAGAGGCAUUUCGCUCGUAUCAAUGGCUGCUCGUUCCCAAGUUCGAACAGGACGGACGACCGGUCAUUUGUGCCCACAUCUUCAACCUUUGCGAAGACGGUAUCACUGCAGCUUCUCACAAUCAACCUUUGAAACUUCCUUGGAAGAGCUCUAUCGAGUUGAUGUUCGCACACUUUGUGCAGGCUAUAUUCGAGCACAUCGAAGUUUUCUUCACUGCUGGCACUGAGCGUGUGGUUCGAAUCAUGGAUGCUGAUGGGAAGAAGAUCAUCUUGGAAGCUGAUGCCGAGACGUGUGGACUUUUGACGGUGCCUUCCGUCACCAAAACGUGGCCAAUUGUGGAAGACAACGAGGAUGCGAAAUCCGCUGAUGAUGACUCUGACACCGACGAUGAUGAUGAGGAGCCCGAGAUUGUUGACUCUGACGACGACGAUGCAGCCGAUGCUGAUGCUAGCGAUGAAUAUGCGACUGAUGGUGAUGACAACGCAAAGAACGAAGCAGUCCCUGCAAAUGCUGAUGAAGAUCAACUCGAGGAGCAAGUCAUAACUUCCGCGGAGUUUCAGGCUCACAUGCAGGAGCUGGCAGCUAUGCUUGCUGACACUGGAGUUGACGAUAGUGAUUCUGAGGUCCCGGAAACUGUCACAAGGAGAGUGUUUCUGGACAUAGGGUGUGAUGUUUGUGAUCAGCAAAUAUAUGACAUCCGCUAUGCUUGUCUUGAUUGCAGCGAGUAUGACCUCUGUGCAGAAUGCGUUGGGAAGCGCGGGACAGAGCAUCCCGGACAUCGCUUCUUGCCUCUGUACGAGAGUGGUUGGAGACAAGAAGUCCCCACUGGCAAGAUGAUAGCUCGCGAGAAGGCGGGAGCGGACUCUUCGGAUAACGACAGCAGCUCAAGUGCGUCGGAGCACAAGAACGAUGAAGAUUUGGAGUCCCGCUUCGCCACCUUACUGGAGACACAUAUAGAGUCAGGGGACUUUCUGCAGUAUUCAAAGAGCUUGACCGACACCUCAUCCGACAACGCCUGCAUCCGUAUCCUGCAUUUGGAGCCAGGAGACGGUGAAGAACCUAUAGUUGGUCAUUUGGAAACUGUGAAGCUCUUGGAUAUCUUUCCAUUUGAAGCGCUCUCCUAUUGCUGGGGCAAUCCUGAGCCCCGAAGGGUCAUCAACAUCUCUGAUGCACGUCUCGAGGUGGGCACAAAUCUAAAGCUUGCCUUGUACCGACUGAGACACCCAGCCAAUGUCCGCAAAUUAUGGAUCGAUGGGAUAUGCAUCAAUCAGGGCGAUGUUCACGAGAAAACCGCACAGGUCACCAUGAUGCGUGAGAUAUACGAGAAAGCUGAACAGACGGUUGUUUGGCUGGGUGAAGAAGCUGACGACAGUCGACUGGCGCUGGAAAUGUGCAACAGAAUGGUCAAUGCACAUGGAAAUACAUACAUUCGACAAACGCUGGGGUUCGAUGUGGAGAAACUAUUCGUUCAAAAUGCGGAUGAAGGCGAUGAGUCCGAAGCUUUUGAUGAGGCCAAGCUCCAGCAAAUGUUGACUGAAGCUGGUACGAGCUUUGACCUUGAUCAUGCUUUGUAUAACCAAGCCCUGAAAGCGACUACGGAUGCGAUGAAGACUGGCAAGGCCUAUGAAGGACCAUUGGAAGGGGCGAUCAACCAAGCUUUGGCGGAUGAAGGAAUUAAUGAAGAAGAGCUUGCGAGCAUCGACUGGGAAGAUGUUGGCCGCAGAAUUGCCCAAGGAGAGGAAUAUGAUGGACCACUGAAAGAGUUCGUCUAUGCUCAGGUCGCCGAAGCCAUGGCUGAGCUCGAAGAGGAAGGCGAGGUAAAUGCUGACAGCGAAGGACAAGCAGGCGAGGAUCAAUCAAACGUUGAUCCAGGUGAGGAACUCACCACUAUUGCCACGACUGAGGAGGCCACGGAAGAGAGCUCAGCGAUCAAGGCUCCGAGUGGUUCAACAUAUCACCAUAGUGUAAUUCUGCAAAUCCUGCGUGCCCGUCAACAGAAGAAAGACAACGCAGCCGCCGCAGAGCCACCAACGAGCGAAGAGAUUGCAGCUCUCUAUGCCCUUUUCGAACGCCCUUGGUUCAGCCGAAUUUGGAUCGUGCAAGAAGCUGGUGUCUCUUCAAAUAUUCUAGUCCAGUGUGGUGGCCAAAAACUCGACUGGUGGGCUUUCAGCUUCGGUUUCCUCAUCACGCAAAAGCUCAAGCGUGUUGCUCGUCUAGGGCCAAAAUCCCACCGCAACCUCGUUGUGAUGAGUCGUACGAGAUCCAGCAUUCAUGUUGGCAACACUAUGAAGCACAUGAUGACCAAGCCAGAUCCAGAUUUGAGCAUCACCUCGCUACUGUCGACCUAUCGUGGCUACGAAGCCACAGAUCCACGAGACAAGGUAUUCGCAUUACUCGGGAUCGCGAGCUCGAAUGAAGGCUUAGUUCCUGACUAUACGAAAAGCUGCGAAGCAGUCUAUCGAGACGUCGCAGCCACACUUCUCCAACAAAGCCCACAUCUCGACGUACUCGCCUCCUGCCACGCUACCCCUGAACGUAACGAAAGCAAACCCUCCUGGGUCCCAGACUGGAGCGACCUAACCCGAAAACCCUACAAACUCUCUGGAAACCAAAACUUCGAAAGCAGCGAAGUCUCCACCGAACCUCUCCGAAUCUUCAAAGCCUCCGCAGAUACAACAACAGAUUCCUCUCAACUCAAGGUCGAGAACAACAAACUCUACCUCCAAGGCUUCAUCGCAGAAAAAAUCUCCGCAAUCUCCUCCGUCCUUUUGAUCGAUCAACAAGACCUCCUCAUGCCCAUCGAAUUCUCAAAACUAACAGACGGACAAGACUUCACGUCCAUGAUAAAAUCCCUAACCCGCUUCUUCUCCGUCCUAAAAACUUUCCCCGCCGUCAUCGAAGAUUGGAAAGAUUUCGCCGACAUUCACAAUCCCACCUCCCUCUCACCAACCCCCUUAACCUCAGGCGAAAAUGAAGAAGAAAACUUCACAAUCUUCGCCCGAACCCUCUGGACCGACCUCAAAGACCCCUCAACCUGUGUCUCAGAUUGUAAAGAAUGGCUCUCAAAACUUCAAAACGUUCACACCUUGAUGCAAAAACUCCCUUCAUUCCAUAAUGUGGAACCAGAUGAAGAGAAUUUCAUGGCGUUGAUUUUUGCAAUGGUGCCGGUGAUGCAAGGGUUAGAUCCGAAUGGUAUGAAACUGUUGCACGAGCUGGGUUGUGUUCAUACGCUUGAUCGGAGACUGGCGAGGACGGUGAGUGGGAGAUUGUGUUUGGCGCCGAAGGGGACGGAGGUUGGGGAUUGUGUGGCUUUGUUGCAGGGAGGGAGGACGCCGUUUAUUUUGAGAGCUGUUGCUGCUGAGGAGGUGGAGGAGUAUACGCUCGUUGGGGAGACGUAUGUGCAUAGUAUGAUGUAUGGGGAGGCGUGGGAGCCUGAGAGAUGUCGGGAGUUAUGUCUGGUGUGA